CCGGGUUUUCCGAGGAGCCUUGAAUGUAGCACAAGGUUUGACAGCUGGACAGCCCAACAUGGCGGCUGCUAGCUAGAGCAUCAAGUCAACACCUUCGUCUUUUAAUAUUUGUGCCUGCUGUCAGGAAAUAACCAGGGUAGGAAGGGUUUUACAGAGAGAGAGAGACAGGUUAUCGUCUAUUUGUCGUAUUUCCUGUUUUUUUUUUUUAUCCAGCCAUUGUCCGGAAUGUGAAAGUGGUUUGAGGUGCCACAGUAGACGGAAGACAGGGGUUAAGUGACACAACAACAGUGGACCGAGGGCGGACAGUUUCGGCUUGGUUUCUUCCACCCCCUUCCGAUAUGUUACACAGGUAAUCUCUGGCCUCUCUGUGAACCAGCCCCUCACCCGCCCCUUGCUGAUGAUGUCAUCACCACCGGCAAAGGCCUCUGCCACCUCCCUCUUCCCUGGGUCCCAGAUGCAGCCCUCAGCUGCCCUGGACUCCCUUUCCAUGUCUUCGCUCCUAUCCGGGGAUUUAGACGAUGAAGGCGAUGGAGGAAGAGCAGAAGGGGAGGAGGAAGGGCUGGGAGACCUAGAAGUGAACCCUUACGAUGGUUUGCCCUUUUCUUCUCGUUACUACGCCCUACUGGAUGAGAGGCAGAAGUUUCCCAUAUGGAGUCUUAAGCAGAGUCUACUGGAGCACCUGGAGAGCCACAACAUGCUGCUGCUCAGUGCACCUAGUGGUGCUGGAAAAAGCACCCAGGUGCCACAGUGGUGUGUGGAGUAUGCUUUGUCCUAUGAGUUUUCUCAGGGUCUGGUGUGUUGUUCCCAGCCCUAUUCGGUGACGGCGUCAAGUCUGGCCCUUCACGUGGCUGAUGAGAUGGACCUCAGCCUGGGCCUGGAGGUGGGCUACAGGGUGUCCCAUGAUGACAGCUGUACAGCUGACACCCUACUGAGAUUUGUCAGUGACACUCUGCUUUUAGAGGAAAUGAUGUCCGACCCUCUGCUGCAUCAGUAUGGCGUUGUGGUGUUGGACGAGAUCCAGGAGCGGACCGUGCCCACUGACGUGCUGCUGGGCCUACUGUGUGACGUCUGCCGGCAGAGGCCGGACAACUUCCGGGUGGUUCUCCUCACUCACCCGACGCUGGCGCCUCGCCUCUCGGCCUUCCUGGGACCAUCGGUUCCUCACCUCUCCCUGGACAGUGUGCACACUCACUCACCCCCUUCCAGAGACCAGGACGAGGGGACGGAGGUGGAGGAGGACAGGAAGGUUGUUGAGUUGAACAGGGUGGAGACACUGUACCGGGAGCUUCCGUCUGGGAAGGAAUCGGCAGCCGCGGCCUGUCACAUGGUGCUGGAUCUGCACAGAAGGGGCGAGGAAGGAGAUGUGCUGGUGUUUUUGGCCAGUGCACAGGAAACAGAAGAGUGUAUGGCCCUGAUGGAGAAGGAGUGUGUAGCUCUGAGUCCUCAGCUUGGUCCUCUCCGGAUCCUCCCUCUCCACGCUGGCCUGGGUGCGCUGACCCAGCGGGUCUACGAAUCCAACCAAGAAGCUUCAACACUAAGGGAGAAUGACAGCUCCGUAGGCGUGGGGGGCUCAGUGUUGGGAGCGGGAGGACCGGGGGUCAAAAGGAAAGUUAUUCUCUCCGAUACCCUCGCAGAAGCUUCCUUCUCCCUGCCAGAUAUUCGCUAUGUCAUAGACACAGGCCUUCAACUCAAAACUGUUUACAAUCCACAAAUACGAGCUAACUCGCAGGUCGUAAGAACGAUCAGCAAACACCAGGCCGACAUGAGAACUCAAAGGGUGAACAGCCACCUGCCAGGGCUGUGUCUCCGUCUUUACCCCCAGUCUCUAUACGAGGACGGGAUGGCGGAGGCUCACUGUCCAGGGGUGGUGGAGGAAAACCUCAGUCACUUGGUGCUGUUGCUCAAGAGGCUUGAUAUUGCAGAUAUGGGACAAUGCAAGUUCCUGGACAGACCAGCGCCUGAGGCUCUAAUGCAGGCCCUGGAAGACCUGGACUACCUGGCAGCGCUGGAUGAUGAUGGGAACCUGUCAGAGGUGGGCAUCAUCAUGUCGGAGCUGCCACUGGAGCCUCCGCUGGCCAAAGCCUUGAUCGCUGCCUGCGAGUACGACUGUGUUGACGAGCUGCUCACUAUAGCUGCCAUGCUCACAGCUCCCUCCUGCUUUGUGACAGCAGAACCCAGCAGAGAGGAGGCGGCUGUCACUCACUGGCGACCUCUAAUGCACGCAGAGGGAGACCACAUGACUCUCAUUAAUAUUUAUAACACCUUCAUAGAGCAUAAUCAGGAUGAGGCGUGGUGCACGACAAACUUCCUCAGUCACGCCGCCCUGCGAUUGGCUGUGGUGAUCAGGGCGGAGCUGCUGGAGGUGAUGCAGCGAAUAGAGCUUCCUGUUUCUCCUCCUGCUUUUGGAUGCCAAGACAACUGCACAAAUAUCAAGCGGGCUCUCAUCUCAGGCUUCUUCCUCAAAGUGGCUCAUGAUGUGGAUGGCUCAGGCAACUACCUCCUGCUGACUCACCGCCAUGUGUCUCACCUGCAUCCCUUCUCAUCCUACCUGUGUCGGCAGCCGUGUCCCAAUCCCCCCAGCUGGGUCCUGUACCACGAAUUCACCAUCUCCUGCGAUAACUGCAUCCGCAUCGCUACCGAAGUCCACCCCCAGAUGCUGGUGGAGCUGGCCCCCCAGUACUACCUGGGAAACCUGCCAUCGAGUGAUGGUAAAGAGCUGCUCAUGGAGCUGAGGCAGAGCCUGGAGCCCCGCCCCUACGGGCAGGACGGGGUGUCAGACGAGCACGGCAGGACUCGCAGGGACGCAGACGGGACGGGAGAGAAUCCCAAUCAGUCCAGCACUGACCUCUGUGUUGUCCAAUGAGACGGAGAAAAAGACACUCAACACACAGCUGUCACUUUAUUGUUGGAUCUGAGAUCCGGUACUUUUUAUGAAUUAGUCCGAAAUCUCAUUUUAGGUUAAAUCACUUUGACGCGGGAUUUCAAAUGGACUUUUGCUGGAAAACCCCCCACUAAUGUACAGUAAUGUAUUGUUAAUAUAUCUUAUAUGCAGUGGCUUUGGAAAAUAUUCAAACCUCUUCAUACUCUCCUUGUGCUAUCUGUUGACAUAAUUUAAAAUUUUACGUAGAAUAGUUUUUUUAUUUAAUGAGGAAUAUCUGUAAUUCUUUCUCAUUGUGGGGAACAAAAACCUUGAUUUUAAAUUGUAGCACCAACACAACAACAAAAAAGUGGAGUGGAUGAUAUACUUUAUCCAACCCGUCAAGUGUGACUUUAAAAAAAAAAAAAAAGACUUUUCAGAUUUCGGAGAUUUCACCUUAAAGCAAUACUCGCUACUUGAGUGAGCAGACACUGUUAUUGGUUGACCUUUGACCUCAAUGCAGAUGCAUUCUCAGGGCUCACUGGGGUCUCAGACCGGAGCAGUGCUGCACAGAGCUUCUCUUUUCCACUUGUUUGAUACUGUUUGUAUAAUGUUUGGGUUUCCAGCUUCAAUUCUGCCUUUUUCUCUCCGACUUUAAGUCUUUGUGUAAAGUGUGUAAAAGUACAUCUGUCAAUACUGUACUUUAUUUAAAUAAAAGGGUGGUUUUUCAUGUUUAAAAUAUCUCA